AUGAGGUUCACACAAUCAUUUGCGCCAGCGCUUCUGCUCCUGGCUGGCGUCGCGCAGGCUACAUCUUGGGGGUUCGAUGAUGGCAGCGUCUCAGUUGUCGCAAAGCGGGCUGGCGAUGCUGGCAGCAAGGAGAGGUUCACCUCGAAGACACUCGUUACGAAGCCCCUCUCGCUCGGCAGCACCGAUACACUAAAGAUCAGCUUGACGGCAAAGGACAAUGGUCAGGGGAAGCGCCCGCAUCAAGCGUUUGUUAUUCUCAAAGAGAAGGAGACUGGGCUUGAGGCUCCCUUCCCCUUGACGGUCAAGGAAAGUGGAAAGGCGGUCGCUUCAAUUACUCACAAGGACCUUCCCGUCCAAUUCCUGCACAGCGACGGACCCCUCGAGGCCUCGAUUAUCCUCGGCUCCUUCGGUUCCUCCAAGGCUCUUAAUGCCCCCGUGUUCGAUGUCAAGCUACAGAAGGACCCCAAUGUCCCCCUCCCACCCUACGAGAAGCCCGUCCGCUAUGGCAAGAAGGAGGAGAUCCACCACAUCUUCCGCGCUGAUCCCACGAGCCCGCCAAAGGUGAUUUCUAUCUUCUUUGCGCUGUUUGUGCUUGCUACGGUUCCGGUUCUGUUCAUCAGCUGGAUCUUCCUCGGCGCAAACCUCAACCACCUUUCCAAGGCCAUUGGUGCCGCCCCAGUCUCACACGCCACCUUUUUUGGCUCUAUCCUCGCCAUGGAGGGUGUCUUCUUCCUCUACUAUACCACCUGGAACCUCUUCCAGGCCCUGCCUGUCAUUGGCGCUGUUGCUGUGGUCACAAUGCUGAGCGGUACCAAGGCACUGGGUGAGGUGCAGAGCAGGAGACUUGCCGGAGAGCGUUAA